AAAAGAGUGACAGUUGAUCCCUUAGCAUAGAUGAUAGAUGAUAAGAUACUACUGACUGGCUGCCUUCUUUGUGGGAUUAGAAGAGCAUGGUGCCGUGUAUCCACAGUAUAAUUCACUUGAGCCUCCAUCUGUAAAUGAUUCCCAGGCAAAUGGUUUAAAGGAAUCAGAAUCAGUUUGGUAUAACUCCGAACCUGAUAAAUCCUUUCAUGUAAAUAUUCAACAAACUAGAAAAUCAGAGGAACUUGACUCUGUGAGUCAUAGAUCUAAGCUUGAUGAAAAUUAUCAUGUAAAUACUUCUCAGAUUAGGGAUUCCUUAAAAGAAGAUUCUCCCUAUCAUAGCUCUGGACUUGGUAAAAUUUCUGAUAUACAUGAUUCUCAGACUGAAAUCACAAAGUUGGAUCUGAUUAUGGGCAUAGAGAGUAAUCAUACUGGUCCAGAUGUUGACAGCUUAGGUACCGAAAUAGCAAACCCUGGUCAGCCAAUAUCAAAUACUGCACCUACACCUGGAAACAGAAGAGUGUAUCGUACUCAACUCACCAAAAACAAUCUUAUCUCAAAGUCUGAACGGCAGCUAAAGACGUGCAGUAUACCUCAGUUUGAAGCACACAGCAGUGAAGAUGUUCGACGCGGAGGCAGCAGUCAUUACCGACCGUGGUCGCACAUUUACAGUAAAGCUGAAACAAAACAAAUUUUAAAUAGCUCCUUCAACGUUACUGAUAAUACAUCCAGUGAUAAGAAAUUAAGUAAAUCUAGUGGUAACUUUUCACAGUUAGGAGCAGCAAAUAGUGAAAAGUAUGCCACUGCAGUAUUUAAUCGUCACUCUUCAAUCCGAACAUCUAGUCCACGAUCAGCAACAAGUGAUAGUGUUCUACAAAAAUUUAGAAAAACUUUUUCAUUACGCUUCCAGAAGAAUAAAAAAGACACCUAUACCACUGGAAUAUAUUCAACAAAUGCUGGAAAAAAUAAAAGCUUUGACGAAUCUCUUUCAAGAACCGCCUUCUUUGAGGAAAGUGACACUGACUCCUUGUCUCAAUAUGUUGUAUCUGGGUUAUGCUUUAACCCUGAAAGUUUCAGGAAAUCACCUCAAAAUAUAGGUUGCAAGAAUCAGUAUGAAAAAGGUGGUUCUUUGGUACUAAGAUCUUCCAGGGAAAAAACGGGAAGACACAGGCAUGAUCGGCACAGCCUUAGAGUUUCUAGUGUUUGCUGUCCUGAUUCUUCCAGACAAUUAAAGCCAGAAGUUUCAGUUACUCAGACUGCUAACUCCACAAUGCUUUCAAUGCCUAAGACACCUUCUAACUCCUCCUCUGAUGUGGAAGAACCAUCCCAAGAUAAAGAUAAACCAGUUGAAUUGAAAAUACUUAGCUUGAAAAAUGUUCAACACAGAUGGUCUUUAGAGGUUGAUCAUAAUCAGAUUCUUCAUUCACCAACAAAAGCAAGUGUUAAAAGGCAAUUUUCCACUCCUCAUCCAGUUAAGUCUCGUCCUGUGAAAGCCAAACCACAGGUUCUUCGUCACAAACCUAGGGAAUACCUGCGACGAUCCUUCAGUCAACCCCUAGACAUUCAAAGGACAGCCGAAGCAAGAAAGACUCGAGCCAGCUCCCGAGGUCUGUCAGAUCGUGAAGGCUCGUUUGAUGGUAGCACAGCAUCAUCCGAAGAAGCUUUCUCAGAUGGUGAGGGAUGUCGUGUUUUACCAGUAUCCAAAACAGAAAACUCAAUUAAACUGUUGUAUAAGGGUACUGUCACAUAUGCUGAAGCUUUAUGGGAUCAUGUCACCAUGGAUCCCGAGGAACUAGGAUUUCAAGCUGGUGAAGUGAUUGAGGUAUCUGACUCUUUUGACAAGGACUGGUGGUGGGGCUCAAUUAGCAACCGAAGUGGUUGGUUUCCAGCUACGUUUGUGAGGCUAAGAGUAAAUCAAGAAGACACCUUAGAAGAUUGCAUGGAUAAGUUAGCCACAGGAAAUGUGGCUACUGAUCCUAGGAGCAAGAUAAGUGUCAGUCUAUUGAGUAAGGAGCAGGUUCGUGCUAAUGUGGUCCAUGAGGUGAUUGGCACUGAGAAAGACUUUGUCAAGCAUCUUCAAGAUGUACUUCAGGGUUACCUGAGACAAGUUUAUAGAAGACCAGACAUGUUUUCACCUGCAAGAAUAGCCACUAUCUUUGGUAACAUUGAGGAAAUUUACAAAUUCCAGAGGAAGUUUCUGAGGAAGUUAGAAGAAUGCAUUGAUCACAAUAAACCACACUUGAGUUUAGUUGGAAACUGUUUUCUACAACAUAAAACAGAAUUUAGAAUCUACUCUGACUAUUGUAACAACCAUCCUUUAGCUGUAAGUGAACUCCAAGAGCUAUAUAGUGAUUCACGCUACUGCCACUUUUUUGAGGCCUGUCGACUUCUACAACGUAUGAUAGAUAUUUCAUUGGAUGGUUUUCUGUUAACACCUGUUCAACGUAUCUGUAAGUAUCCACUUCAGCUAGCUGAACUACUUAAGUACACCGACCUAGAUCAUCCUGACUACAUUCCAGUCACCUGUGCCUUGUCUGCCAUGAAGGAAGUGGCUCAGUUAGUGAAUGAAAGAAAACGGCGAAUGGAAUGCCUGGAGCAACUGGUGGAGUGGCAGCAAAACAUUGAUGGAUGGGAAGGCUCAGAUGUUUUAGACUCCUGCUCAGUCUUGAUUCAUUCAGGUGACAUCAUCAGGGCUUUUUCUGGCUGGUCUCGUGAAUAUACUCUCUUCCUGUUUGAUAACUUACUAGUCUAUUGUAAAAAGGAUCUCUUGAAAAGACAGAACUAUGUAUAUAAAGGAAGAGUUCAUCUGGAUUCAUGUUGUAUAUUUAACAUAGAAGAUGGAAAAGAUGUGCACUUUGGAGUUACUGUAAAAAAUGCAUGGAAAAUCUACUGUGCAUCUCGAAAUAAAUGGUUCUUGUUUUAUACUAAAUCACCUGAGGAGAAAACUAAAUGGCUGGAAGCAUUUGGAGAAGAAAGACAACGAGUGAUAGAAGAUGAAAAACAAGGCUUUGUUGUUACUGAACGUGCUAAGAAAGCUGCACGAUUAGCUGUGGUGAAGAAACAGAAAGCCAAACAUCCUCGAGUUAAACAACUGAAAGGGCCUCGCCCUCACCCUGAUGUAGCUGUGACAGAGCUUUUGCUAGACUCUCCAGUGACGGUAAACUCUCGAACUGGUAGUCUGCCAUCCAACUUCCACCCAAGUAUGAUGAAAGUAAUUGGUGGAAGACAAUCUCCAAAGAAGAAAGGUUCGGGAUGGUUUCAUUUUGGUAGUGGCAAGAAAACCAAGAAGUAAGAAGACAACAAGAAUAACCUGGUUCUAAGAUGUACUAUUUUUGUGAUAAUACAGUUGCUAAGUAAGUUAUCUCCCCCCCCUCCCCAAACAGCCACAUGAAGUGUCAUUUACUUAACUGUGCCAAGCUGCAUGAACUCACCAGUUUUGUGUAAAUUGAAUUCAUGGCUCUGAAUAGUAAGUAUUCCCAUUUGGGUUGAUGUAAAAACAGAGGAAUUCUUUCAUGGUAAAUUAUUGUUUAUAUACUAGUGUGUUGAUUUUGCUGAAAUGUUUGCUGUGAUAAUCUUUUGUGGAAAGUAGAUAAUGAAAAGCUAUUGUAUAUUUGUAUAUACUAUUCAGAUAUAAAGAGCUUUGAUAAGAAAGACACAGUGCUUGUUACCUUAGCUAUAAACAUU